UACUUUAAGCCUGGAAUAAGAGCAGUGCUGGGACCCCCUCUUGAUGAGUUCCUCCAAUAGCUCAUGCCUCUUAUUCAGGUCCCCACUAUGUGCUUUGGACAUUAGCAACACUAUAAAUAUUGUCCUGUACCAUGCAGUCUGUUAUCAUUAAUGAUAACAACCAUUGUUCACAGGAACAUACAUGCAACAAAAUAAGGCUGCGGUGCCAAUCAUACCUGGAGGAAGACCGUGGGAAUUUCAAGUUUUGCAAUCUUGAACUCAGCUAGUAGUGACGUCCAGCUGCCUUACUUACAGGGAACCUGAAACCCAGGAUUUAUAGCAAAGUCGUGUCUGACAAAAACCAAAUCCUUUCCUGCUCUGCUGAUUCCCCUCAGAGAACCACUGACUCUGUUUGAGUUGAGGGUUUCUGACCAAGAAGGUGACAAUGAACCAGCGUUCAAACGGCAUGUCAGAAAAUACCCGAAGCGGCAGGACAGGUUUGCUCCAGGAGAUGGCAGUGUUGCAGCUCUGAGGGUGCAAGCUACCGUAAUACUUCUACGAAGAAGAAGAAGUGGGACCCUCCUACAAAAUGGCGUCCUCCAAGAGGGGAGACUGCGUGAGUGAAACACAAACAGGGAAAAAAGUGAAAAAGACUAAACACCAAGUGGACGAAUCUGACCUCCUUACUGUUCCUGAUGGAUGGAAAGAGGCGUCUUUCACCAAAGACGACAACCCGCGGGGUCUGUUGGAGGAGAGCAGCUUUGCAACGCUCUUCCCCAAAUACAGAGAAGCCUACCUGAAGGAGUGCUGGCCUCUUGUGGAGAAGGCCUUAAGCGAUGUGAACAUCAAAGCCACUCUGGACCUGAUUGAGGGAAGCAUCUCAGUUUGCACCACUAAGAAGACUUACGACCCAUACGCCAUCGUGAGAGCCAGAGAUCUAAUCAAGCUGCUGGCCAGGAGUGUCCCAUUCGAACAGGCUGUGCGGAUAUUACAGGAUGACAUGGCGUGUGACAUCAUCAAAGUCGGCACCCUGGUGAGAAACAGAGAGCGGUUUGUGAAGCGAAGACAGCGGUUGAUUGGCCCCAAGGGUUCCACCCUAAAAGCUUUAGAGUUGUUGACAAACUGCUACGUGAUGGUGCAGGGCAACACGGUUUCAGCCCUCGGGCCUUUUAAUGGCCUGAAGGAGGUACGCAAGGUGGUGAUGGACACGAUGAAGAACAUUCAUCCCAUCUACAACAUUAAGACGUUGAUGAUCAAACAGGAGUUGUCCAAAGACCCCGACCUGCGAAUGCAGAGCUGGGAGCGCUUUCUGCCUAAGUUCCGCCACAAGAACCUGGCAAAGCGCAGGGAGCCCAAGAAGAAAAGCUUGAAGAAGGAGUACACACCAUUCCCUCCGCCACAGCCGGAGAGCACGGUCGACAAGGAGCUGGCCACGGGAGAAUUUUUCUUGCAUGAAAGUGUGAAAAAGAGGAAGAAGAUGGAGGAGAUAAAGGUGAAACAAGCAGAAGCGCUGACCAAGAAGCAGGAAGAGCGGAACAAAGCUUUCAUUCCUCCUAAAGAGAAGCCUCUGAUGAAGAAAACCAACAAAGCUCCUACAGAACACAAGCUGGACAUCGAAGCCAUUAAGGAGAAGGUGAAAAGGGCCAAAACCAAGAGACUAGGGGCUCCUCCAGUGAACCCGACUCCGCCCAUCAGCACCACCAAUGGCAAAAAGAAAAAGAACAAAAACAAAGGCUAACCACAGACUGUCCCCAUGGUACUUGUGUUGUGGACCAUGUGGUCUGGGGCUUGUUGCAGGGCCCUGUCAGGACCCCGGCAGUUGGGGCAUCAGACACACAGUAAAGAGGCUUUUGUUCAGCCACGUGGAAUAAGAAUUCAUGUUCAUAUUGCCCAGUAUGAUUCUCUAUCUGGAGACCAGUGGUACACCAGUGAGCAAUGUUAUACAUUGUCCUCUGCUUUGCCUCAUUUAACUAUUAUCAUUGUUUUCAACGGUCAGUAUUUAUAGGUUUUCAUCAUAUGUUGUUGUCCUUCCUCAGAGGCCGGCUCGGAUGAAAAUGCGAAAUUAAAGGCAGAUUUUCUUUUUUUACAACCUGGACUUUAGGUUUGCUUUAAUUCCAUUUGACAAUUAUUAUGGCAAAUAAACUUAAGUUCUAUAUGCGGUUUGGAAGAUGAUACAGAAUAAGUCCGUAUUUCUGUCCUUUUUGGACAAUAAGUCAAUUACCUUUUUGUAAAAAUAAAGAAAUUAUUCAUCUUUUUUUAAUCUGCUUGAGCAGUUUAUUAACCUUAAACACUGGCAUUAUUCUGACCAACUGCAUACGCUGCGAUGAAGGUGACUGUGAGGGCAAUGGGUCGGGCCACCGGAGCAGUCACAAGGUUAGUGGGGGUGGGGUCCCAGUCUGGAGUCCAGUUGUAGCCUGUAAAUAUAUAAAUAAAACGCAAUGUGACAAACGGUUGAAAUGAA